AUGGCCCUCACUCUGACAGGCCUCCCAUACACCAUCUUCACAGACAUCAUCUCCCGCCUCUCGGCCACGGAAGCAAUCCUCUGCCAGCGCAUCUCCCGGGCCUUCCGCGAGGCCCUCACCAGAAACGACCUCUGCAUCAGCCUCAUCCUAACGCACUUCCCGCGCUCGCUCGAGGGCAGGCGGCUCAGGGCACUUCUCCGGGCCGGCGACCUCGGGGCCCUCGAGCGCGGCGACUGGGCCGCUGUGUUUGCGAGGCUGGCGCGGCGGUACUUUCACCUGGGCAACGCCGUGCCGUGUAAGGUCGUCAAGGUGCCGGUGCUCAAGGACGACAAGCGGCUCCGCGGCGUGACGCCGUGGAACCGGUUCCUGAGCCUCAACGGCAAGACGGCGCCGUUCCACUUUUGGGACCCGGUAUGGACCGUGGCUUCGGCCGAGGGGUUGCUGGUGUAUCCGGCGUUGCUGGGGGAAGAUGCCGGGUUUCGGGCCCGGGAUCUGGAGACGGGGGUUGAGGUGGAUGUGCCCUUUGACAUGAGCGGCAAGAUUGUGAGGCGAGUCCGCAUCAGCCACGGGAUUCUCGUGAUGGAGUGGUGCGAGCAACAGCCAAGCCGUGCAGGCAACGGAGACGCAGCGAUACAUCGCCACUAUGCAACCGCUUACACCGUCCGCAGAGUCGGACCCUGGGACGGCGUCAUCCCCCGGCGUGAUGGCCAAGUGUCAGCCUACUCUUGGGGCUUUGAAUUCCUCUGCGAGUGCAAGAUUCACCACCUCGGUCUGCCCGUCAGCCACCAAGACCGCUUCUUCUCGACGCACAACGCUACUCACUACGUCGUCUACACGUGGCAACCCGCGCGUUCCCCCUGGGAAGACGAGCCCCUUGAGCGGCUCACCAUAUGGGAGCUUGGAAGUCCCUCUACAUACAGACCGUCUCAAGAUCCGUUUGGAACAGCAAGCCGAGACGACUCCGGCCCGCGUAUCAUCCGCAGCAUGACAAACGGCCAGCUCCGCGAAUGGGCCAUUCGCCAGAGCGACACGCCGGCCCUGCGUGUCAUGGCCCUCGACGACUGCACCUGGGACGCCGCCAGGGGCUCUGCCUGCGGCCACGUCUUCUUCACCGAAGAGGAACAUCGCUGGUCUGCCGGCCCCCACAGCAGCUCCAAUCCGCCGCGCCUGCAUCGCGUCAAGACGACGGGGAUCCCGCUGAUGGGCGAAGGCCCGCGGUGGGUGGACGACUGCGGCGGCGGAGGCGGCGUCAACCUGCCCUUUUGCUGCGACGGCCGGUGGGCGAGACGACUGGCGGGGACGGACGACAACAUCUACGAUGGCAAUGACUACUCCCCAGAAAAGGCGUGGAGCAACAACAGCUCGCAUGCCUGGCCCGGCCGCGCCCCCUGCUGGCGCCACGACGACUGGCCCUACGUGACGCUCUCCGAGGUGUUUGACGCCGCCGCCGGCGUCCGCGUCAUUGCCCGCGAGUGCUUCAUGCUCGAGACCUUAUCCGUGCACAUCCGGCCCAAGAUCCGCAUCCAGGGCAUCGGCGAGAGCGGCGCCAAAUUCACCGCCAGAGGAACCACAAUGUCACGCACGAGCAGACGCAGAAGAAGACGCACACGAAGACCAAGUGCCGCCAGGAACGGCAGCGGCGGCAGCAGUGGUAGCAAUAGCAGUAACACGUCUCACCAGACGAAUGAGACCGUCCCUGCCAGCAGCAGCAGCAGCGGCAAGGGAGGCGUCACGACGCAGGGCCCAGACGGGCAGGAGGUCCAGUUCGCGGACGACGUGUGGCCUGAGAUGAUGGCCAAGGGCUUCAUCUGCGGAGACGAGCGGUGGCUCGUUGGGGAGGACGCCAAGGGGGAUGUCACCAUCAUCGUCUUUUGA